UGGGUUUCAUGUCCACGGACGGCACAGGCGAUGCCCUGCGUGCCCAUGCUCGUGGGUGCGAGCUAGUGCUCGGAGAAGCCCCAGCACUCACUGGCACCCAGCCCCGUGUGCCUGUUCGGGUGAAGGAACCGCGGGCUGCCCGUCUGAGACCCGGCAGGGAGUGGAAGACGAGGAGACCAGCCACACAGGCUUGUGGAAUGAAUGGGCACCACAAGUUUCAGUGCCCCCCAUACGUGCUGAUACGGCGCGUCUCUGUGUCCCACCCAAGUCUCACCUCGAAUUCUUACAAGGAGAAGAUGAAGGAGCUGUCGGUGCUGUCACUCAUCUGCUCCUGCUUCUACACACAGCCGCACCCCAACACCAUCUACCAGUAUGGGGACAUGGAGGUGAAGCAGCUGGACAAGCGGGCCUCUGGCCAGAGCUUCGAGGUCAUCCUCAAGUCCCCUUCUGACCUGUCCCCAGAGAGCCCUAUGCUCUCCUCUCCACCCAAGAAGAAGGACACCUCCCUGGAGGAGCUGCAAAAGCGGCUGGAGGCAGCUGAGGAGCGGAGGAAGGCAAGGAGUCCUCCCACCCCCCAGGAGUUUCCACGGAGGUGGCCCACGGGGACAGGGCCUGCAAGACUCAGGGUGCUCCCGGGGGUUUGGUCAGCGCCUCGGCCUGGGGAGCUGCACGCGGCCGAGGUGCGCAGGAACAAGGAGCAGCGAGAGGAGAUGUCGGGCUAA